AUUGUCAGAAACUUCAGACAUACUACAGGAGAUGACCAGAGACUGCACAUAUAAUGCAGGAGAUGGUCAGAGACUGCAUACAUACUACAGGAGAUUGUCAGAGACUUCAGACAUACUACAGGAGAUGUUCAGAGACUGCAGACAUACUACAGGAGAUGACCUGAGACUGCAGACACACUACAGGAGAUGGUUAAAGACUGCAGGCAUGAUACAGGAGAUGGUAGGAGGCUGCAGAUAUACUACAGGAGAUGGUCAGAGACUGCAGAGAUGAUACAGGAGAUGGUCAAAAGACUGCAGACAUA